GCUGCCUCGCUCGCUGACGUCAGCGCCGCCCCGCAGCCGCGUCCCGCACCGCCGGCCAUGGCUGCGGCCGCGCUGAUGUCGCCGGUGUCGCCGCCGCUGCUGCUGUUGCUGCUACUGCUGCUGGGGUCCCCGCCCGUCGCGCCCGCGCCGCCAGCCCGGGACCCCUUCGCCCCCCAGCUCGGGGACACCCAGAACUGCCAGCAGCGCUGUCGCGAGCGCGUCCUCGGACCGCGGCCCUCGCAGGCAGGGCAGGAGGUCCCCUCAGAGUCCCCAUACGACAGGGCUGUCCAGAUCAGCGCCUGCGAGCGGGGCUGCCGGCUCUUCUCCAUCUGCCGCUUCGUGGCCAGGAGCUCCAGGCCGAACGCCACCCAGACCGAGUGCGAAGCAGCAUGCGUGGAAGCCUACGUGAAGGACACGGAGCGGCGAGCCUGCCGGGGGGGCUGCUGGAUCCAGGCUCCCCAGCCGGAGCUGGAGUCCCAGCUCGAAAAGAGAAAGGUCCUGGAAGCUCCUGGUGGGGCCCUGUCCCUCCUGGACUUAUUUUCCACCCUCUGCAACGACCUCGUCAACUCGGCCCAGGGCUUUGUCUCCUCCACCUGGACGUACUACUUGCAGACUGACAAUGGGAAGGUGGUGGUUUUUCAGACCCAGCCUGUGGUCGAGAGCCUGGGCUUCCAGGGGAGUCGCCUGCAGCGAGUGGAGGUGACCUGGAGGGGAUCGCGUCCUGAGGCCCUGGAGGUGCACGUGGAUCCCGUAGGCCCCUUGGACAAGGUGCGCAAAGCCAAGAUCCGCGUGAAGACCAGCAGCAAGGCCAAGGUGGAGUCGGAGGAGCAGCAGGACAAUGACUUCCUCAGCUGCAUGUCCCGGCGCUCCGGGCUGCCCCGCUGGAUCCUGGCCUGCUGCCUCUUCCUCUCCGUGCUGGUCAUGCUGUGGCUCAGCUGCUCCACGCUGGUGACUGCGCCGGGCCAGCACCUCAAAUUCCAGCCACUGACCCUGGAGCAGCACAAGGGCUUCAUGGUGGACCCGGACUGGCCCCUGUACCCGCCUCCGGCGCACGCCUUCGAGGACAGCCCCCCGCCCUACAAGCUCAAGCUGGACCUGACCAAGCUGUAGCUCCGCAGCCAAGGGAACGCCCCGGGGCCUCCCUGUCCUGCACCCGAGUCUAAGGUUGGGGGCCACCCUUGCGCCCCUCCGCCCUGACCCUCCUUGUCCCCCCAUCCCAUCUUGCACUCCUCAGUCCCGGGGUGGGUCUGGCUUGGGCUCUUCCUGUCCCUCUUCCUUGGGGCUGCGCUACUUUUGUCUUUGCUCUUGUGGCUUUUGGAGUAUCUGACCUGUUCUGUGUUGCCCUCCGUCUUCCUCUGUCCCCUGUCUGAGGGGCUGAGGCAAGGUGGAGCCGCUUCCUCUGCAGCUUCCCUCUCAUCCCUGGAGGCCCGCCCCCUCUGGGGGAGCAGGGCCCUGGGGACCCCAGCAGGGUGGGCGGGCGGGUGGAGGAGGGGCCAGGCUGGGGAGGAAUAAACCCUGUACAUAAAGGACAU